CAUGCCCAGUGGUAGGUUGCCGCCUGUUGCCCGAAGCCCCUGCCCAGUGGUAGGUUGCCGCCUGUUGCCCGAAGGAUGCCCAGUGGUAGGUUGCCGCCUGUUGCCCAAGGCCCCUGCCCAGUGGUAGGUUGCCGCCUGUUGCCCAAGGCCCCUGCCCAGUGGUAGGUUGCCGCCUGUUGCCCAAGGGGUGCCCAGUGGUAGGUUGCGCAUGUUGCCCGAAGUUGCUGUCAUGUUGCCGAGGCCCCUGCCCAGUGGUAGGUUGCCACCUGUUGCCCGAGUCUCCAAUCCACUG